AUGUUUUUCCCACGUGACCUUAAUGCCUUCUACACAAAUUUCUCAAACACCAUGUCACAGCCUUACACGAAAAAUCAGUUAUCAGAGAAACUACGUAGGCUUAGAAAAAAGUUUCGGGUUAUUUCAACCCGUUUGGCUAAAGGGUUAGAUAUGUCAUUAUUAUCACCCCAUGAUCGUUCUUUGUAUGAUCUAUCUAAACAGUUAUGGCACCCUGAUUUUGCUCAAACGUCCCCGUUUAAUGCCGAUAAGUCAAAAAAAUCCAGACCAAAAAAUGACCCGACCCAUGACCCGGCUCACGACCCGACCAAUGACCCUGAUCGUGACCCGACCCGUGAGGGGGUUUGGGUGAGUGAGGAGGAUGUUGAAGUGGGACAGGGUAAUGAUGAGAAGAAUGAUGGUAAUGGUGAUGGGAGUUUGAGGGAGGUGAAUGUGGAGUUGGAAAACGGGGAUAUUAUGGGGGAGAAACGGGUCGAUUUGGAUGGUCCGGUUCGGGUCGGGGUAGGAUAUGGUAUCGGGGAUAUUGCUGCAGCGAAGGUGGUGAUGGAUGUUUUUGAUGAGUGUUUGAAUGAUUUUAGAAAUGGAGAAAGAUCAAAUCUUGGUGGUUUAUUGAAGGAGGAAAGCGCGGAGGAGAGGUGGAGGGAACAAAGAGUUGCGGAGUUGGACGUAUUGUCGCGACGUUUGAGGUUGGUGCUUGAGCAUUCUCUUCAAAGUCAAUGA